AUGAAUUAUACUUAUGGUCGAUCAAAAACAUUAAUUAUACAACGUCUAAAAAGCAUUGAACGACAACUUCAACAAGCAUCACAAGCAUUACAAGAUUUUGGUACUCAACCAUUGCCUCAAUGUCUAUCACAAAUGAAUCCUCCAUUAGACUAUGAAAAAUUAUCAGCAAUGGUUACAGCUGUUGUACGUAAAGACUCAACAGAUCAUCGUUUAGUACAACAAGUUUAUGAUUUAAAACCAAAUACACAACAAAUUCGUUGUAUUCGUAAUAUAUGGAAAGCAAUUCAAAAUAAAAAACAAAUGAAAGAACAAAUUGAAAUAUUAAAAUAUCGUAUCCAUUCAAAUUGUUUAUCACCAGCUUUUAAUCUUCUUGAUUAUACUCUUGAUAAAAUUGAUAAAAUACUUACUCGCUCAAAACCAUCUUCUACGAAUGAUAAUGAUGACAAACAACAUUAA